AUGUGCAGACUUAUCAUAGAAAAACUUGUUGAGCCCCAACAGCCUCUCAAGAACCUCAGCAUUGUUGAGUCCAGCUCUUCAAGGCAGGAAUCUCCACACCAACCAAGCCUCUCAAAGCAGGUGGAACAACACUCUGAACAACAAAUUGUGGACACCCCAGCCCAAGUAGACAUGGACUACACCAAAACUGAGAUAAUAGCAACCAAUCCACAUCUUCCACAAAAGGCUCUAAUCCUGGCUAGAGAUGACAGCAGCUCCAAGCAAAUUGACACCUCUGCUUCUAAAUUGAAAACAUGGAAGAGAGUUGGGAACAAGGAGGGUAGACUACAAAGAAAGCAGCAGGAAGGGCUGCAGAUUGACAUAAGAAAUGGUGCAACUGUAAGAUUACAAGAUUUUAACUGGAUCCCUGGCAUAAAAGGAAGGUAUCCCCAUCUCAAGAACCCUCCAGCUACUGGGAAACUGUGGGUCAAAGAUCUAAUUCAAAGAGAUAAUGGCCAAUGGGAUGAACUCAGACUGAGAGAGCUGAUUGAGGAAGAGGAUUGUAGAGAAAUUCUCAAAAUCCAAACUCUGGACCCUCUUCUUGAUGAUAAGUGGAGCUGGAAGAUGGGUGUGAAAGAAGAGAGGGGACAUAGCUGA